UAGAGGCAAGUAAGAAGAGUGAAGAAGGAGAAUGGUACGGGAGGGUGUGAUUGAAAAGUUAAAAACAAUUGGGGGGUGAUUUUGUGACAAGGGUAAAAGAUAAAGGUCUAAAUCAACAAUAUUGCGAGAGGUUUCGUAAACAACAACACAUGUAUGGGUUAAGUAGGUGUCGGCUGAGAGAAAGGGAAGAGGAGGUAGUUCACAUUUUUUUGGAUUGUUUACACUUUUGCACAGGACGUAACAACAGUAGGGAUGGUGACGGGAAACACGAAGGCGGAGGCGUUUUACUCGAUGAAAGAGUUGUUGAAGGAGACAGGAGGGUAUGCGAUAAUAGACGGAGGGCUAGCAACGGAGUUGGAGAGACAUGGAGCGGAUCUCAACGAUCCUCUUUGGAGCGCCAAAUGCUUGCUCACCUCUCCUCACCUCAUUCACACCGUGCAUCUCGAUUACCUUGAAGCUGGUGCUGAUAUCAUCUCCAGCGCUUCUUACCAGGCCACGAUUCAGGGGUUUGAAGCAAAAGGCUAUUCGAUAGAGAAAAGCGAAUCAUUGCUAAGAAAGAGCGUUGAAAUAGCAUGUGAAGCUCGCAACACCUACUAUGACAAAUGCAAAGAUGAUAAUAAUAAGAUUCUCAAGAAGCGGCCUAUACUAGUUGCAGCUUCUGUUGGUAGCUACGGUGCUUUCUUGGCUGAUGGAUCUGAAUACAGUGGAAUCUACGGUGAUUUGAUAACGCUAGAAACACUCAAGGAUUUCCACCGGAGACGGGUCCAAGUUCUGGCAGAGUCUGGUGCCGAUAUAAUAGCAUUUGAGACCAUUCCAAACAAGCUUGAGGCUCAGGCGUUUGCUGAGCUGUUGGAUGAAGGGGUGGUGAAGAUUCCAGGGUGGUUUUCGUUUAACUCCAAGGAUGGAGUGAACGUGGUUAGCGGGGAUUCCAUCAAGGAGUGUAUCUCCAUUGCUGAAACUUGUGAGAAAGUAGUGGCGGUUGGGAUCAACUGUACCCCUCCAAGAUUCAUAGAGGGCCUUGUUUUGGAGAUUGCAAAGGUGACGAGCAAGCCAAUACUAGUGUAUCCAAACAGCGGAGAAAGAUAUGAUCCUGAACGGAAGGAGUGGGUGGAAAACACAGGAGUUGGGAAUGAAGACUUUGUGUCGUACGUAGAGAAAUGGAUGGAUGCAGGAGUGUCGUUGCUUGGAGGCUGCUGCCGCACAACACCAACCACCAUCAGAGCCAUUCACAAGCGACUUGUUUCCCGCAGAUCUCUCUUCUCCUCUUCUUCUUCUUCUUCCUCCCACCAUUAGCUUUCUUCCUCCACGUCCUCUCAAAACUUUUUGCUCACUUAGAUUUGUUGUAUCAAACAUAUGAAUGUGCUUUGUUUUUUUUUUUUCCUUCCUUUGCCAAAAAAAACAAAGACGAGCUUUCCACUUUUAAUAUCAAUCAACGCUAUCAAAAGUUUUGGGUAGACUCAGGAGGAUGAUGUCCGUCUC